AUGGCGCAAGUAUGGAAGAUGCUCUCGCGUGUGUUCCGAGUAGGACAUGCGCGGUACUUGGUCGGGCGCGACUUGGCGAACAAUGCAUAUUAUGAGCUUCCAAGCCUGAGUGGAUCGCAGGAUCCCCGCCACACACGGCGAGCCGCGCCGAGUAUUGAAGAACUGGUGAAGGAUGUGGAACGGCAGCAGCUUGUGUUGCACAAUGCGCACAUUUUGGAGACGCGCGAGCGGGCAAGACAGGCUGAGAAGGAGCUGCAGCGGGAGCACCAGCAUGCGCUGGCGAUUGAGGCUCAAAAGCAGCAGGCGCAGCAACGUGAUCUGUUGCGCGCGCAGCAAGAUCUCGAGCUGGCGGCGCAGAGCACGCAAGCGCCAGACACAACCAUCCACGCCACCACCGUGCAGCCUCAGCGCCGCGGUGAAUAG